AUGAUGAACGUUUCUCUCAAACUUCCACUCUUGAUUUUCAUUUUGGUUAUCACAACUAAUCUUGGAUUAGAAGCAAGGGAACUAGCCGGAGUUAACGAGAAAUUCGAAAUUGCUGCUGGAAGUUCAAACUCAAUCAUAACUUUGACAAACUACGCCGGCACGGCCAGUGCGUUGCUGCAAGCCCCACCUUGCAAGAGGGAUGUUGAUUGCAGCUUUGAAUGUCCAAAGGGAGGAUUCUGUAAUGAUCGCCUUGGCACAUGUGAUUGUUUCUAG